UUUCUCUCUCUUUAAAACUAACUCUCCCUCCCUCCGUCUACAUCAUUUCCUUCUUCUCUAUCAUAACCGCUCUCCGAAUCGUAUUGCGCUGAUUACAAAUCUCAAACAAUGUCAGCUCUUCUAUCCUGCCAUUACUCUUCGCUCUCAACAUCUGCUCAAACCUCCAAAUUCAUCAAUCCUAAUCUAUCUUUCAACAACAACAACGUUCGUUUCUCGCACCAAAACGCUUCGCAUCCAUCACUUGGCGCUCGAUGUUCAUCUGAAAGCUCCAGACGGUUUCAACACCACAACAAACAGAAGGAUCCGAUUGUUUCAUUGAAGGAAUGUGCGAUUUCUCUAGCAUUGGCGUUUGGAUUGAUAACCGGAGCUCCUACUUUUGAUAUUGCCAAUGCUGCUACUCCGGCAAUGCCAGAUGUAUCUGUAUUGAUCUCAGGGCCGCCGAUCAAGGAUCCAGGAGCUUUGUUGAGAUACGCAUUGCCAAUUGACAAUAAGGCAAUCAGAGAGGUGCAAAAGCCGCUUGAAGACAUUACUGAUAGUCUCAAAAUUUCUGGUGUCAAGUCACUUGAUUCUGUCGGGAGAAAUGCGAGACUGGCGUCACGCUCUCUUAAGCAGGGGAAAUCACAAAUCAUAUCUGGAUUGGCUGAAUCAAAGAAGGAUCAUGGAGUUGAGCUGCUUGACAAGCUGGACGCAGGUCUGGAUGAGCUGCUACAGAUUGUGGAAGACAAGAAUCGAAAUGCAAUUGUGCCAAAGCAGAAAGAGCUGCUCAACUAUGUCGGCAAUGUUGAAGAGGAUAUGGUUGAUGGCUUCCCCUUUGAGGUGCCUGAAGAGUACAAGAACACACCUUUCUUGAAAGGAAGAGCAGCUGUAGAUAUGAAGGUCAAAGUGAAGGACAAUCCUAACGUGGAUGAAUGUGUCUUUCAUAUUGUUCUCGAUGGUUACAACGCUCCAGUAACUGCUGGGAAUUUCCUGGAUUUGGUUAAAAGGCAUUUUUACGACGGAAUGGAAAUCCAAAGAGCUGAUGGAUUUGUAGUCCAGACUGGGGAUCCUGAGGGACCUGCAGAAGGUUUUAUUGAUCCUAGUACAGAAAAGAUUAGGACUAUACCGCUAGAGAUCAUGGUGGAAGGAGAGAAAGUUCCUUUCUAUGGACAAACUCUUGAGGAACUUGGUUUAUACAAGGCUCAGACAAAGCUCCCAUUCAAUGCUUUCGGAACAAUGGCCAUGGCAAGAGAAGAAUUUGAGAACAAUUCAGCAUCAAGUCAGAUAUUUUGGUUAUUAAAAGAGAGUGAACUCACCCCGAGCAAUUCAAAUAUUCUGGAUGGCCGAUAUGCAGUGUUUGGCUACAUAACAGAAAACGAGGAUUAUUUAGCAGACCUCAAAGUUGGGGAUGUUAUAGAAUCAGUAGAAGUUGUGUCUGGUCUUGACAACCUUGUCAACCCCAGCUAUGAGAUUGCUAGCUAGUUUCUUCUACUCCCUGCAAGCAAUGACUUGUGCUCAAUUUAUUUGUUAAACAGUAUAUUGAUUGAUACAUGAUAAUUAUUUAUUUAAAUGUCUUUA